GAUGAAUGUACAAACGGUCCUAAUGACUGUGAUGUGAACUUUGAAUGUGUCAACACUCCUGGAAGCUUUACAUGUGAAUGUCCAACUGGAUAUGAAAUUAAUGAAGGAAACUGUGAAGAUAUCAAUGAGUGUAUCAGUGGUGAUCACAAUUGUGACGAAGACGCCAACUUCAUGUGCUCCAACACUCCAGGGAGCUUUGAAUGCUUGUGUUUGCCUGGCUAUAAAAUGGAUGAAGAAGGUGGCUGUGCAGCUAUGCAACCAUUCUCGUUGCAAUGGAUAAGACGUAUCAGUGGAAGACUGUUAGGAAGAUUGCUAGACAGAAUUCAUAGACCAGCUGCAGAGGAAGAUGAUAGUUUUCUUCGAUAAUUCCUCCUAUAUACUCAUCAUAUUAUCAUCAUGAUGAUGCUUCAUCACCACAAGUUUGUUUUAUGUGUGAGAGAGUGUGUGUGUGUGAGGAAGGCAGCGGAGCUCCAUCUGGAGGAAGAGAGAAAGAGUCUGAGGG